AUGGCUAUUGACCAGAAGACCAAAACGGCGACCUCGCAGAACAAAUACAUCCAGGACUACCUUCAUGCUCAAGACUUAAUUCAAGAGGAACAGUGGGCAAAAGGUAUUGCGGCAGCCAAAAGGAACCUGACCGAUACCUCACUUCCACGGUAUUGGCAGGUCCGCAACUGCAUACUCAUCAUUAACGCGAAAGAUGAUUGGCACGUAGCAGAGGUAUGACUUCUUACCUUCAUUCCUAUCCAAGCUUACUUCACGCGCUAAUGCCCUCCGCAGGAUUAUCGAAAGGCCGCCGAAGAAGUAUGGGCCAUAGCUAAGGUAAGGACGGCAGAAGACGACCUCACGGCCCACAGCUUCCUCAACCAGCUUCGUGACGAGCUGGACGAGUUAGCAGAGAUCCAGAUAAGCGAGGCUCCCGUCGAGGAAUCCCGUGAGAGCGAGAGUCUCCACGGAGUAGUAGCUCCGCCAUCGACCGCCGCAGAGGAAGAUCCUGACGUAGACAUGGAGGAUGAAGAAGACGACGGAUGGGAAGUGGAGGAGGACGAAGAAGAGGAUGAUGAAGAAGGGGAACCGCUAGGUUCAGACGUCGACAUCCUCGCCGCAAUCCGUAGCACCAGGGACAGGCCACAAAGAGAGAAAUACAUUGGGCCACCUCUGGAGCAGAUAAAGGUAAGGUCCCUAACGCUAUAGGAGUGCCUCUCACGUGGAAUGUAGCUAACACCAAAUUCUUAGGCCCAUGCCAAGAAGGAGACGGAGGGGUCUCGGCCCGAAUCAGACGCCGAACCCGAAACAGAAGCCACGGUCUCCUCCCCUGAAACAGAAAGCGAACGCAAAGACUGGGCUCUGAAGAGAUGGUUCGGAAAUGCAACGGACAUUCUGAGGUACAGAUGA